UGAAAUGUAUCAAUCGGCACUUCAUUUCCACAAACAUGGCGGCUCCUGUCAACAAAAAUGACUGUUGGAGAGUCCCGGAGGUUUACAAACACCACGAACAGCGGAAAGUAUGCAUUUCUCGACCAAAAUACAGGGAGGGAAGAAAAGAUAAAGCGGUUAAGGUGUACACCAUCAAUUUAGAGUCCCGUUACCUGAUGGUCCAAGGGGUCCCAGCCAUUGGGGUGAUGACAGAGCUGAUCCAGCUGUGUGCUCUGUACGGAGCUGUGGAGGAGUACAGACCCCUGGACGAGUAUCCUGCUGAGGAGUUCACUGAAGUGUACCUUGUCAAGUUCCAGAAACUCACAAGUGCCAGAGCAGCAAAGCGACACAUGGACGAGAAGAGUUUCUAUGGUGGUGUGCUACAUGUGUGCUACGUCCCAGAAUAUGAGACUGUGGAAGACACCAGGCUAAAGCUGCAGGACCGGAGGGGCUACGUACGAAGGGCUGCUCAGUAUAGAGCAAGAGAAAGGGAACAGAAAGAGGCAAUACAUGAGGAGCCCACAUCAUCAGAAACAACCUCUCCUUCUGACCAGAUCAUCAACGGACACAUUCAAACCUCUGAUAAUAGCAGUGCAGGAGAGAUUUUGAACAUCAGCCAUUAUUCAAGCUUUCCUCCACUGCCAUUACCUCCCCAAGAGCAUCAUUUCUACGGACAUAAAAGUCAACCAGCGAUGAUACCAACAGAGGACAAAAUGGGCACUUUACAUAAUGUUGUCCCUGACACAAAGCAGCAACAGGAGCAGAGUUCAAGCUCCAACCAAACCUCCUACAACAGAAACCAAGGCACUGAACACAGACUGAACUCAAAUCAGGCUCCUGCAGUCAGGUUUGUCCCGAGGACCACACACUUGCAGAACAGAAAACGCAAAAUGGAAGUGACUGCCGAGCACUCAGUGACUGUUCCUGGACAAAAUGAGCCUUUGAUUGGACCAAAACUACCAGAACCCUCCAAACUGGACAUGGAGGAUGAAUCGCUAAACACAACUGUUGGCCUGAUCAGGAACACAAUGAAGCAGGUGGGAUCAGUUUCUGACCUGAAGCCAGUGGAGAAAAAGGUCAAACCACGACGUCGGAUUUGAUCAAGCAGGCGUCUUGAUGGUGGACUUUUUUGCAGACUUGUUGUACUAUUUUAGAAAAUGAGCUUCUGAACAGUGUCUCCUAGGAGCUUCUUUUCAUUUACAAACUUUGCAGAAAACUUCCAACUAUUGCGUUUUUUAAUAAAGACAAUGAGGUCAAAAAUGUA